GAAAGAUGGCGGUCAGCAGCGUCACAGUGCGCCCGUUACGGAGCAGUCGGAUGCGAGGUCGGAAUGACAGCGGGGAGGAAAACGUACCGCUUGAUCUCUCCAGAGAUCCUGCAGAGAAUCUUCGUGAAAUCCUUCAAAGUGUUUCAAAACAGCAAGGAGUCUCCAACAUGCGCAAGCUCGGUCACCUGAACAACUUUGUAAAGCUUCUCUGCAGUGUCGGCUACUCAGAGGAGAAACUUGGCUUCACAUAUGAGGAGAUAAUUAUUUGUCUUCGGCUAGCGUUGUUGAACGAAGCCAAGGAAGUACGUGCAGCUGGGUUACGAGCUCUACGUUACUUGAUCAGAGACAGCUCUGUGCUAGAGAAGGUGCUUCGGCUGCAGGUGGACUAUCUGAUUGCGAGGUGUAUAGAUAUCCAGCAAAGUAAUGAGGUUGAGAGAACGCAAGCACUCAGACUGGUACGCAAGAUGGUCACUGUGAAUGCACUGCUUUUCCCCUUCUCCGUCACCAACUCCCUCAUCGCCGUGGGCAACGAUGGGCUGCGUGAACAAGACCGCAUGGCACGGGCCUGCAUCGCUAUAAUCUGUGAGCUCUCCUUGAAAAACCCUGUUGUGGUGGCACAGCAGGGCGGUCUCAGUACCAUUCUGAGGAGCGUGACCGGCUGUCAGCUGAGCCGCAUCAAUGAAGCUCUCAUCACCACCAUCUUGCACCUCCUCAACCACCCUCACACCAGACAGUACGUCCGCUCAGACGUUGAACUUGAGCAAAUCCUGGCCCCUUACACUGACUUCCACUACAUACACACUCCUGAUCUAACAGAGGGGCAGCUCAAGGAGGACAGAGAGGCUCGAUUCAUGGCCAGUAAAAUGUCUAUAGUCGCCUCAUUUCGCUCCUGGUCCGGCAUCAUUAACCUCUGCAAGUCAGGCAACUCUGGAAUCCAGUCUCUUGUUGGCUUACUGUGUAUACCAAAUAUGGAAGUGCGGAAAGGUUUGUUAGAGGUGUUGUAUGACAUAUUCCUGCUUGCCGUACCUGUGGCGACUGCCGACUUCAGUGAAGCACUUAGUAGUGUAGACCCCAGCAGAUUCCAGGACAGCUGGAGGUUCUCUGAUGGAUUUGUUGCUUCUGAGGCUAAAACAAUCCUCCAACAUCGAUCACGCUCAAGACCAGACCUAAUGGACAACUACCUGGCUCUGGUGCUUUCUGCCUUCAUUAAGAGUGGACUAUUAGAGGGUCUGGUGGAGGUGAUCACAAGCAGCAAUGAUGCCAUGUCCAUACGUGCCACCAUCUUGGUGGGAGAAGUGCUCCAUAUGGCCAACACCAUCCUCCCUCACAGCCACAGCCACCACCUGCACUGUUUGCCCACCCUCAUGAACAUGGCGGCCUCCUUUGAUAUUGCUCCCGAGAAGAGACUACGAGCAAGCGCCGCAGUCAACUACCUGAAGUGCUUUCAUGAGAAGAAGAAGGGAGGAGUCAGACCUUACAGUCUCUACUUGGACCACAUCCUCCGCACAUCAGGAGCUUUGCACUACUGUCGAGACCAGCACUUUAAACCUCAGAGAGACUGUUUCAUAGUCAAGGACUCUGAGGAUACUCUGAUGAACAACAUGAGAGACAGCCACAUCUUUAAUCACAAGGAGAACCUGGACUGGAACUGGUGCCUUAUUGGAACCAUUUUAAAGUGGCCAAAUGUUAGCCUACGUAGCAAUAAGGAUGAACAAAUGCAUAAAUUUGUGCGACGACUGCUUUUCUUCUACAAGCCCAGCAGUAGGUUGUAUGGCAGCCUGGAGCUGGAGCAUCCAAAGGCCAGACAGCUCACUGUGGUUGGCUGUCAGUUCAUAGAGUUCCUACUGGCGUCUGAGGAGGAAGGCCUGGUGUACUUGGAAGACCUGGUGAGGGACAUUGUCCAGUGGCUGUUUUCCUCUCCCGGACUCAAACCUGACCGCAGUGUGCAGGACAGCGGGCUGCUAACCACACUCAGUCAGUACUACUUCCUCUUCCUGGGCACCCUGUCAGCCUACCUGCACGGUGUCAAGAUUCUUGAGAAGUGCAACGUCUUCCAGUGUUUGUUGAACCUGUGUAGUCUGAAGAAUCAGGAGCACCUGCUGAAGCUGACCGUGUCCACGCUGGACUACAGUCGAGACGGUUUGGCUCGAGUCAUUCUGUCCAAAAUCCUCACUGCUGCUACUGAUACCUGCAGGCUGUACGCCACUAAGCACCUGCGGGUCCUCCUGCGCGCCAACGUGGAGUUCUUCAGUAACUGGGGCAUUGAGCUCCUGGUGACUCAGCUUCAUGACUGCAAUAAGACCGUUUCCAUGGAGGCGCUGGACAUCUUGGAUGAAGCCUGUGAAGACAAGGCCAACCUUCAUGCACUGACAGAGAUGAAACCCGCUGUCACACACCUGGGGGACAAAGGUGUGCUGCUGCUGCUAAGGUUUUUAUCUAUUCCAAAGGGCUUCUCCUACCUCAGUGACAGAGGAUACAUCACUAAACAGAUGCAGAAAUGGCAGAAGGAGUAUAACCUGAAGUAUGUGGACAUGAUAGAGGAGCAGCUUAAUGAGGCCCUCACCACAUAUCGCAAGCCUGUUAAUGGAGACAAUUAUGUACGGCGCAGCAACCAGAGGUCACAGAGGCCACAUGUUUACCCUCCUGUGCACUUGUAUGGUCAGCUGGUCCAUGAUAAGACCGGCUGCCAGCUGCUCGAAGCCCAGAAUGUGGUUCCUGAUUUAAGCUACAGUGUUCGAUCUCCAGUCCUGGAUAAAUGGGAGGGCAUCAAACAGCUGAAGGCAGCACUUUGGGCUCUGGGAAACAUCGGGUCGUCAAACUGGGGUCUGAACCUGUUGCUGGAGGAGAGGGUGAUCCCUGACAUAGUGGCUCUGGCCCAUCACUGUGAGGUUCUGUCCAUCAGAGGGACCUGUCUGUAUGUGCUGGGUCUCAUCGGUAAGACAAAGCAGGGCUGCGACACGUUGAAGCAGCAGGGCUGGGACGCUGUAAGGCACAGCCGUAACACGAUGUGGCCUGUAGUACCGGAGGAACUGGAGCCACAGCCCAAACCCUAUAGUGUGCUGCCGUCUGUCCCCAGUACCUUCAGGCUUACAGAGUCCACCAGCUCCAGGCACAACAACGAGACAACCGACUUACAACCUGAUGAUGAGAAGCUUGAGGGCUGUGACUUCUCAGAGGAGCUGUCUUUGUACAUGUGUCCCAAACUGAUGGACGAGCGAAGUCCUUUCACCGUGCUGGCUUCGAGCCGCUUCCGCAACCGCCUUCUCCACUCGCUGUCUCUACCUGGGAAGAAGUCACGCACCUGUCCUUACCCUAAAGGCAGUAGCCAAGGCCAAGGAGGGGGGCUAGAUGGGAAACAGGGUCUCAGACGUAUUACUGCGGAACCUUCCAGCUGCUCAUUUGGAGCAACAGAUAUUUUCCCUAUAUACAACAACUGUGACGUGUCUCAAAGCCCCUCAGGUGGUAGGGAGUCCUCCUUUGUGGGGAAUAAAGCCACUGAGAAUGGUGGGAGCACGGCCAGCAUGGGGGACGGGGAAAUGGACACGUCAGGCAUCCGGACAGUCGAGAACCAGCAGGACAGCGGCUAUGAGUGUUUGGCUGAAGAUGCGCCUUCAGGAGGCGGCGGCGGCGGCGGCGGCGGCGGCGGCGGCGCUGCCCACUUUAAAAGCCGAAGCCAGAGCUUUAACACAGACACCACCACCAGUGGCAUCAGCUCCAUGAGCUCCAGCCCCUCCAGGGAGACCCUGCCCCCCACCAUAGACACGGACUGUGUCAGCCUCAACACUGUGAUAAGCGCCCAGACCAUCCACAGUGUGCAUUCACUGACACCCCAGCCCUGCUCCACACCCAUCUCCAUUCCCAAGUCCUACUCUGCCUUGCUCGUACCACCUGGCUCCGCCCACACCUUGCCCCGUCGAGCCCAGUCCCUCAAGUCUCCCUCGGUCGCCACCCUGAGCGGCUUGGUUGACUGCAACCUCAUGUACUCCAGCUCCAAAGAUCCGCUGGGCUAUGCCACCCUGAAGUACUCGCUCUCCCACAACGGCUGCACAAGUCCUCGUGACGCUCUGGGCUACAACACCCUCAGGAGGCUGCAGCACCAACGCAUUCAGCCGUCUCUGUCCCACAGCGAGGCCCUGGCCUCCCCCGCCAAAGACAUACUCUUCACUGAUGCCAUCACCAUGAAUGCAAACAGUCUGGAUUCCAGACUCACUUCACCAAGAUUUCUCAAAGCUCUGAGCUUCGCAUCUCUGGACAAAGAAGACCUGCUGAGCCCAAUCAACCAAACCACACUGCAGCGCUCCUCCUCUCUGCGCUCCAUAGUGCCCACUGCCACUUGUGGCUCUUCUGUUGACUACAUAGGCCUUGCCUUGCCUGUGAACAUCAACAACAUGUUCCAGAUUAAAGAAACACUGUAUUUUCAAAAGAGGACGAGUCCGCCUUCUGAGGACUGCUCUGCUAAGUUCUUCUCCGGAGACUCUGAUGGUCCAAGUGAUGGAUGUCAGCCGGCGAGGCUUCGCUCUCAGCUCAGCAUCACAGAACUGAUGGCGGUGAGCCGGGAAGAACAGCAGCUGAUGCUGGGCUCAGAGGAGACAGGCCUGCAGGAGCACAAUGAUAACAACUGCCUGUACUGUGCUGGACUGUCCAUGCUUGGCUUAAGCUCUCAAACCAGCAACCCAGAUCUAACAGAGGCGCCCCUGUUCUCAGAGUGGUGCAGUCCGCCUCCAGCAAACCAUCUAGAGGUCGUGGUCCCAGCCAAGCUGUCAGGGGUGUCUGGAUUCAGUGACACUGUGUCCCAGGGGUCUGGGGGUAGCGGCCGCAGCACAGAACUUGUUUUGGGGGUGAAGUCCAUCCCAGAGAACACGCCGGCUGGCAGGGUCCUGCUGAGGAAGGAGGUGCUCCGCCUGGUCAUCAAUCUCAGCUCCUCUGUGGGGACCAAAAACCACGAGACCAGCCUGUUAACGAUCAAGGAGAAGUUCCCCUAUGCAUUUGACGACAUCUGUCUAUACUCAGAGGUGUCCUAUCUGUUGGCUCACUGCAUGUUCCGCCUGCCCUCGCGCCGCUUCAUUCAGGAACUCUUCCAGGAUGUGCCGUUUAUACCAAUGUAUGAAGAGGCAGAGAGCAUCCUGUCCAUGUCACCACAGAAGGCCUCAGGUCACCACUCUGACGCCUGACCAGGACCCUGAACUCAACACAGUGUGUUAAAUCCCAGCUGUGAAUAAGCCAACACACACACACACACAAUCCUCACUCACCUCCUGCGUCCUCCUCACUGACAACACACGAUGCACAAGGAAAGAAGCAACAACUUUCUAACAGUUGUUUCCUAGUGACAUCACACACAGUGAUCCAGCAACACGUGUUGAUGCCAGCUGAGGUGGGUUUUCCUUAUCUAUGUGGUCCCCACACUGGAUGCAGUGUGGAUGGUACUCAGUAUGAGUGUGUGUCUGCGUCUCACUGUUCUUAUGAAAGAAAAGAGGAAUAAAAACACACACACACACACACGCACACACAAAAAGAAGCUGAGCUUUUCCCAAAGUGGAUCUUUUAACUUUCACAUGAUUCUAAAGAUAAUGUGCCAACACAGUUCAUGUGCUUUUGAUAUAACACUGAACUUUUCCUGUUUGUGAGAAAGGACUUGUUUGUUGUGGAUGUUGAUUAAUCUGUUGUUUGCACAUAAAUGGAGGACUUAAAGCAGAUGGAAUGAAGUGAGACAAUCAUAAGAUUUUCUCUUCUUUUUUCUUUAUUCAAGUUCUUUUUUUAACUAAUCGUUAGCUUUUACAUAUGAUACGAUACGACUGUUAGAAAAGAGUUUGAGCUCUGCUAACGUCAAACACUCACAUAACAGGAAUCAGUCCUUCUCAGAAGGUGGCAACUACUGUAUAAACUUAAAUUUGACUUUGCCUGCUAAAUAUCUGAAUGAACGUUCAGAGGUAAAAGAGCAUCGCUGAAAAUAGAGUGAUUCUUUGAGUUCAUUUUAUUUAUUAGUACAAAUAAUCAGUGCUAAACUUGUUUUUGCCUCUGCUUUGCUUCUUUGAGUUUUGUUCCUACGAAGCAACUUUUUGAUUUAGCUAUUUCACCUGAGAUUUGCACUAAGAGCCCUGUCACAUUAAAGUGAAAAUUACAGCGUCACAGUGGAAACUCAUCUGGCUAGUCCCACUGAGAAAAAUAGUUUGACAAUGGUUUGAUAGAGGAGGCCAUUGAUGUCAAACUGGAAUAACCAUUCCUGCAACACCCACCACAAUGAAUGAACUAGUAAGCUCAGCAACUGCUACUAGAUUUAGCCACUUAGCUCCCGUUAGCAAGAGCAACAACGACAUUGAAGUAACUCUGAACUCUGAAUGGAUGUUGCUGCUGCUCUAACUAAGCACACAGACACUCUAACUAAACCUCAUUAGCUUUUAGGCCUUAGCUGAGCAAUGCUGCUAAUAAUGCUACCUGCCUAGCUUUAAAGUGAAGAGCCAGCAUUAGCAGUGUUAGCUAGCUCCCAUCAGCUAGAGCGAACAUCUUCAACAUCAAAACAUCCCGAUUUUGGCUCUUUACUGACAUGAAAUCCAAAAAGGGCAGUUUAAAAUAAAAAUGUUUUAUUAUGAAAUCAAAAUUAAAUCCUAUAAAACUAUAUAUAUAUACAGUGAUCCAGCAACACGUGUUGUAUAUAUAGUAGUAGUUUUACUACUAGGUAGUUUUAUUUAACUACCAUGCGCACACACAAAAAUCCUGUAAAUGUGAAUGGGGUUUGGUAAAGAGAGGAAUUGAGAAGAUACAGUUUAUUACGUGAUAUUGUGCCACUUACUAGUUAAACUACUAUUUGCACUUCCUACUGAUAACUUUCCCUCUAAUGUAAUCUCUGUUUUGCACUUUCUUAUAUAUAUUUUUUACUUUGCUCUGGUGAAUUGCACACUGAUGGAGCUCUUUGUAGGAACAUAUUUAAGCGAACUGACCGAAAUCUGACACUUUAAUGAGACAAAGGAAAACGGUUCUGACUUCAUUUAAUUUUUGUGUACAUUAAAAAAAAAAGUCACAAGCUUUUUAUUUUUGUUGUUGUACUUGGAUGUGUGUUUUACAUCUUUGAAGGAGACUGGAUCUCAGACUGGAUCUUAGAGCUCUUGUCUGUAUUGUUAAAGGAUUUUUCUCUUCGGUACAGCUGACACUAUACAGCACGAGAAAUCACUAAAAAAUAAAGAGGAAACAAAUUGUAUUAGUGUCUUGAAGGAGGCCACUGUAACACAAAUUCAAUAAAUACUUCUACUACUGAUAAAUUGUGAAAUAUCUGC